GGGCUGGUGGUUGGAGCAGUAACUGUCGCGGGGGGCUGACAUGUGGAUCCAGCCGGAGGAGGUGCUGCUGGCCGGAGCACUCUGGGUCUCGGAGCGGGCCAACCCGUUCUUCAUCCUGCAGAGGAGGAGGGGGCACGGCCGGGGGGGGGGCCUCUCCGGUCUCCUGGUUGGGACUCUAGAUGUAGUUCUGGACUCGAGUGCCAGAGUGGCUCCGUACAGGAUUCUGCUACAGACUUCAGACUCUCAGAUCUAUUGGAACGUCGCCUGUGGCUCGUCCAGGAAAGAGAUCACGGAGCACUGGGAUUGGCUGGAGUCUAACCUCCUGCAGACCAUCUCCAUCUUCGACAACGACGAAGACGUCACUACCUUCGUCAAAGGGAAGAUCUCUGGCAUCAUUGCGGAGGAGAACCGGCUGAAACAGGGUGAGGAGCCGGAGGAGGACUGUGGGAAGUUUCGGGAGGCGGAGCUAAAGAUGAGGAGGUUGUUCGGGAUGCCUGACGAGGAGAAACUGGUGAACUAUUACUCCUGCAGCUACUGGAAGGGAAGAGUCCCGCGGCAGGGCUGGCUCUACCUGUCCGUCAACCACCUGUGCUUCUACUCGUUCCUGCUGGGCAAGGAGGUGACCCUGGUGGUGCAGUGGACUGAGGUGACCCAGCUGGAGAAGAACGCCACCUUGGUGUUUCCAGAGAGCGUUCGUGUCAGCACUCGUCACACAGAACAUUUCUUCUCUAUGUUCCUCAACAUCAACGACACCUUCAAGCUGAUGGAGCAGCUCGCAAACAUCGCCAUGCGUCAGUUGCUUGAUAAUGAGGCGUUCGCCGCCGACCGCUCGCUGCCCAAACCCAGCAAGACCCUGAAGAACGUCUCUGCACUGAAGAGGGAUCUGGACGCACGAGCGAAGAACGAGCGGUACCGGGCGAUGUUCCGGCUGAUGCAGGAUGAGCGUCUGGACGGACACACAGACUGUACGCUGUGGACGCCGUUCGCUAAGAUGCACGUGGUUGGACAGUUGUUCAUCUCCAACAACUACAUUUGUUUUAACAGCAGAGAAGAAGACCUGUGUCAGCUGAUCAUCCCCCUCCGAGAGGUGUCCAUUGUGGAGAAGGCGGACAGCAGCAGCGUCCUGCCCUGCCCCGUCUCAAUCAGCACCAAGAACAAAAUGAACUUCCUGUUUGCUAACCUCAAAGACAGAGACUUCCUGGUCCAACGCAUUUCUGACUUCCUGCAGCGAACACCUGACAGCUCAUGGGGCGACUCCAGCCCGCUGUCUCUGAUUGGUCAAUCGGCGUCCUCAUCAGGUCCAGAGGCCAUCAGGGGUCGUCAGUACCAUCCUGGUCUGCCCACAGCCAGCCAGGGUCUGCUGCAGCUCUACUACCGAGACACUCCCGAGGACCUGGGUCCCAAAGCCAUGAAGGAGAAAAUGAAGGAGGAAGCUUGGAACAUCCAUUUCUCAGAGUUUGGUAGAGGUGUUUGCAUGUACAGAACCUCCAGAACCAGAGAACUCGUCCUCAAUGGGAUCCCAGAGCGUCUGAGAGGAGAACUGUGGUUACUGUUCUCUGGUGCGCAGAAUGAGAUGGUGACCCACCCUGGUUACUAUGGCGACCUGUUGGAGCAGGCUAUGGGGCAAUGUUCAUUGGCUACAGAGGAAAUCGAGCGCGACCUCCAUCGUUCGAUGCCCGAACACAGAGCGUUCCAGAACGAGAUGGGAAUCGCAGCGCUGCGCCGCGUCCUCACUGCGUACGCCCACCGCAACCCCGGCAUCGGAUACUGCCAGGCCAUGAACAUCGUCACCUCCGUUCUGCUGCUCUACUGCACAGAGGAAGAAGCCUUCUGGCUGUUGGUGGCGCUGUGUGAACGUAUGCUGCCCGACUACUACAACACCAGAGUCGUAGGGGCUCUGGUGGAUCAGGGCGUGUUUGAGGAACUCACCCGUGCCUUCCUCCCCCUGCUGUAUGAACACAUGCAGGACCUAGGAGUCAUCUCCACCAUCAGCCUGUCAUGGUUCCUCACCCUCUUCCUGUCUGUGAUGCCAUUCGACAGCGCCGUCUUAUUGGUUGAUUGCUUCUUCUACGAGGGAAUCAAGGUCAUCUUCCAGGUGGCACUGGCUGUGCUCCACGACAAUAUGGACGCCCUGUUGUCCUGCAGCGACGAGGGAGAAGCUAUGACCAUCCUGGGCAGGUACCUGGAUAAUGUUGUGAAUAGACAGACAGUGGCUCCGCCCAUCCCUCACCUGCAUGCCCUGCUGACGAGCGGAGAUGACCCUCCACAAGAGAUUGACAUCUUCCAACUCAUCAAGUCAUCCUAUGAGAAAUUCGGUAGCCUGCGCUCUGAUGUCAUCGAGCAGAUGAGGUUUAAACAGAGGUUAAAGGUCAUCCAGUCCCUGGAGGACACGGCCAAGAGGAGUGUGGUGAGGGCGAUGAUGACGGAGUCGGCCUUCAGUAUUGAGGAGCUGGAGGAACUGUACUGUCUCUUUAAGUCCAAACACAUGACCAGUUGUUACUGGGGCUCCAGCAGUUCUGCGGCCGAGCGUCAUGAUCCCAGUCUGCCGUACCUGGAGCAGUACCGCAUUGACCCGGCCCAGUUCAUCCAGCUCUUCACUGCACUCGCCCCGUGGGUCUGUGGAGGCCACACCCCUACUCUGUCAGCCCGUCUCUUCAGACUCCUGGACCAGAAUCAGGACCGACUGGUCAACUUCAAAGAGUUCAUCACUGGACUCAGUGGGAUGUAUCAUGGAGACAUGAUGGAGAAACUCAAACUGUUGUAUAAGCUCCACCUCCCACCAGCUCUGUGUCCUGAGGAGGCGGAGUCUGCUCUAGAGGCGACGCACUUCUUCAUCGAAGACGAACCACAAGUUCUCCCUCCAGAAUGUUCCCUCUCGUCGGAUCUGGAUACUUCGGCGCAGCAGGAAGUGACAUCAGGUGAAGAGCUGCAGGAUGGAGGUGGAGACGGUGAGGAGAAGAAAGAGGAGAAGGUGAAGGACUACAGGUACUAUCUGAGGAUGUGGGCCAGAGAGAAGGAGCCGAGGAGAGGGACCAUCAAAGACCUUCCUCGGAUGAACCAGGAGCAGUUCAUCGAGUUGUGUAAGACUCUGUACAACAUGUUCAGUGAGGAGCCUCAGGAACAGCAGCUCUAUCACGCCAUUGCCACUGUGGCCAGUCUGCUGCUGCGCAUCGGUGAGGUUGGCAAGAAGUUCAACAACGGGUCCAAGAAGAUGGAAACCGCUGCUGCUCAGGCUCCGCCCCUUGAUCCUCAGAGGGAAGGGGGGUCAGGUGAGGCCCAGGUGUGCCAGGCCCUGGCCGACGCCCAGCUGGAGCCAGGGACUCCACAGACGUCCGACGAGGAAGCCAAAGACGACACGUCGGUGUCGUCGUACUCGGUGGUGAGCUCCGGCUCGCUGCAGUGUGAGGACAUCGCUGACGACACGGUGCUGAUUGGUGGAGAGCAGCGGCGGGGCAGUGUCUUGGAUGUUGAUUGGUCAAUCACCUUUGAGCAGGUGCUGGCAUCGCUGCUGACGGAGCCGCCGCUCGUCGACUACUUUGAGAGGAAGGUGAACAUCCAGGACAAGAUGGUCGCCUGCAAGACCCAGCGGGCGGUCGAGCGUCAGAUAAGCUCCGCCUCCGACCACGAAGACACCCAGCCUUCUGUCUGACUCACCUUCACCUGUCAGGUGGGCUAUGAUGACAUCAGCUCCUGAUUGGAGCAUCACUGCUGACAUCACUGCUUUCAGCAGGAAACAGGCUCUGAUUGGCUGGUUGUUCGCAGCCUAACCCAGAGACACACAGGAAAUGCAUCAUCACUGAUUAUUGUAGUGAUGUCACUGACCUGUGAUGUCAUUGAGCUAGAAGAUAAUUUUACUGUGGAGAUCAAGUUUAAACAGGUUCCUCCAAAUGAUCAGUAUUGAUUCAUUGAUCUGUAGUGAUUCAUUGAUCUGUAUUGAUUCAUUGAUCAGUAUUGAUUCAUUGAUCUGUAUUGAUUCAUUGAUCAGUAUUGAUUCAUUGAUCUGUAUUGAUUCAUUGAUCUUGUGUGUUAAGUCUCUGCAGGAAAAUCUGAACAUGUGAGUCCAAACAUCUGGUUAUUAAAUAAUCUGUGAAUCUUCAGUCCCAACAGAGCGAAGACAAUAUCACCUGUUGUUUACACCUGGACACAACAGGUGUAAACAACAGGUGAGAUUUCUAUUGGCAGAACUGAACCAAGUUUUUUUUUAAUUUUAAGAAAAUAAAAGUCAGUCACAUAAAUAAGGACGUUCCCUGUUUAUUUAGAGUAAAUAAAAUAAAUGUGUUUUAGUUCUAUACAUUUCAUAUAUUAUUGUACAUGAAUAACGUUUCUUUCACACCUUCACGUCUCUGAAGCCUUAUUUGUUCAUCUGUGUGAUGACAUCACUCCUGUUAACAUCCUAUUGACUGAUGAUGUCAGAGGAUGUUUCAGUAUUUUUAGUCUUGUUUUCCUCCGACGUUGUUUAUGUAUUUAUUAAACAUUUUUUAAAAUCCAUUGUAUUGAUCAGUUAUUGAUCUGUAAUGUUCUAAUAAAUACUGCAGGAAAUGGA